AUGGCAUCCGACUCCACUUCCUCGCACGCCUACUUCACCAACAUCCCCUGGACAUCCCGUCUGCUAGCGAUCCCAAACCUACGCAUCACCACCCCACAAUCACGAACCCCCAAACCAUCCACCGAAGACAGCCUCUUCGCAACCACUCUCGCAACACCCUCCACAAUCCCUCAUUGCAUACUCUUUCACCCACGCCUACCUGCAACCGCUGACCUCUCCUCCCUGUCCCUACUUCUAAAACUCGAAGAUGGGUGUAAUGGCUACCCCACNAUCCUCCACGGCGGCAUAAUCUCCACCAUCCUGGACGAAAGCAUGGGAAUUUUACUCCAAGAACUCGCAGAACGGAAACAUUUGGAGAGGGUAAAGACGGGGCAUGCGCAGGGAGAAUUGGCUCAAGGCAUAGAUGCGUAUACAAAGUCGCUGCAUGUGGAGUUUGGGGCGGCGGUUAGGACGCCGGGGGUGGUGUUGGUAAAGGUUAGGGUGGUGGAGAGGAGGGGUAGGGGGAUUAGGUUGGUGGCUAGGUUGUUGCAGAAGGAGGGUUUGGAGGAGGAGUUGGAUGGGGGAUUGGUGGAGUGUGCGAGAGGAGAGGGUGUNUUUGUUACGCCUAGAGGUGCUAAGUUGUAG